AUGGAUAACAUAUUUUACAUGACUGGUGUCCAUGCUAAUUUAGAGUACAGUGAUAUAUGUCGUCUGAUCCCAUUCAACUUAACAACUCAAGAUGCCACACGCCUUUUGCAUAACAAGUUCAUCGUUAUCAUGGGGGAUUCAAAUCAACGAUCGGUCUACAAGGAUCUAGUUUUCCUGUGCCAGAAUAAUCAGUGGACACCAGAGUCAAAGUUAGCAAAAAAGGGUGAGCUUUCGUUUGAAAAUGAUGAGCUGAUAGAGGGGGGUGAACUUGGCCUGAUGAUAAAUGAGCCCACAUACAGAGAGGUGCGGCAAUACACAUCCCAGAAUCUCAUCAUAAGAUUCUAUUUCAUCACACGUGCCUAUAGUGACUAUAUGGAGACAAUACUAGAGGACUUGGAAUCCGGACCACAGCCUGAUCUUAUUCUCAUAAACUCUUGUCUUUGGGACAUGACGAGGUAUGGAAUGGCUUUUAUGGACGACUAUAGAAGCAAUCUCAUUGCUCUGAUGGAAGGACUUAACAGAGUGUUGCAGCCAAAUAGUUUGGUGACCUGGGCAACAGCAUUACCCGUCUCUGAUAUCUGUAAAGGAGGACCCAUACGGCCAGAGCUUAAAUUUCAAAGGGGACUCUUGAAUAAACUUGUGAAUGAAGCAAACGCCUGGGCCUGUGAGAUAGUGCCUCGAUAUGGCUGUCGUGUACUAGACUUUAAUCUCUAUUCACAUAUGCAGAAAUUUCGUAUAAAGGGAGAUGGAAUACACUGGAACAGCAUCUCCCACAGGCGUAUAAGUAACCUCUUAAUCAACAAUGUAUCUGUUUUGUGGAAAUAUAUGGGUCGGCCUUUUGGAUACGGCACACCCAAUCUUAGGAACGGGCCUUUUAUCAGGAGUACAGUGAAGAACUUAGCCAGGUCGAAAGGUUACCACCCAGGUAACUUCCACAUAUUUGAUAGCCAGUUACGGGAAAAACAAAAAGCUGAUUUGGCUAAACGAGUACAGAGCCCUGUGGCCCCUACCAAACAAGAGAAUGACCCGAACAUCCAAAGUAAGUCAGAGAAAAGGCAUAGCUCCCCUAUCAAUCUAGUAGAUGUGCACACUCCUUCGACAAAUCGAUUAGACAAACCUACCAUCCUAACUGAAUCAUUGGAGAAACCUACCAGCCUUAAAAUACCAGCAGAGAAUUCUACAGCCCAUACCAAACAAGAAGAACAAGAAAAAAAGUUUACAGAAAUAGUAGAGAAAUCAAGCAUCUUUGAUAGAAAAUUGAAUGUAACCUCAUCCCUACCUUUCACCAUUACCAAAGCAAUAGAGAAACCUGCCAAUCCAUCCAGUUCUUUGGAAAGACCUACUAGCCCUACAAAACCAGGAGAGAAACUUACGACCCAUAAUUAUACAACAGUGGGCACACCUACCGCUCUUACCGAACAAGUGAAUAAACCUAUAAUCCUUACCAACGUAGGAGAUAAAACCCCAACCACACCUAGCAUCCCUACCGAAUCAGAAGAGAAGUCCGCAACCCUUGCCAAACCAGUGAAUAAUUAUAGCACUCUUACAAAACAAGCUGAGAAACCUAUCACUCCUACCAAACCAGAAGAGAAAAAUACAUCUUCUCUAAAAUCAAGAAAUGAAUAUACCACUACCACACUUACAAAACUGGAAGAAAUGCAAGACAGUCAUGUCAAACCUGUAGGGGAAUGUACCACCGACACUGAUAAACCUAUGAUUCUUACAGAAGUACUGGAUAAAAUGUAUACCCCUCCAAAACUAAUGAAAAAAACGUCCACUCCUAACAAAUCAUCGGAAAAACCUGCGACCCCUACCAAACAAACCCAGAAAGUAGCCACCUAUUCUAAACUUGUGGUCAACGGUAACACCCUUAAAGAACAAAAGGACAAACCUAUCAAACACAUUGAAGUGGUUGAGAAACAUGUCACUCAUAUCACAUCAGUUGAGAAACCUAUUAGUCCUCCAAAACCAGUGAGGACACUCACGACCCCUAACAAGCCAAUGGGUGGAAAUUCAUGUAUUACCCCUAUUAAACGUACACCCUCUACCAAACUAGCAAACAACGCUGACAUUCCAACCACAACAGGGGAGACAACAAUCACUCCUACUAAACAAUUACAAUUAGAAACCAUCCCUAUCAAAAAAACGAAUAAGCCAAAGAAAUCUGUCAAACAACAACACAGGCCUGACAUCACUACUAAAUCAAAAGAUAAACCUACCAAUCCUACCAAAAAAGUAGCAAAACCUACCACUUCUGAAAAUCCAAACUCCUACCAAUGGCUGUGGAAAACUCUACCACCCCCAACAUAUCAGCGCAUAAACCCAUACCAGCAGGGAAACCCACAACCUCUACCAUAUAAGUGGAACAACCUACCAUUCCAGUGGUGAAACCUACCAUCCCUACCAUACUUCCAAACCAGGAAAAACACAUGCUAUCACCUCGAAAUCUCUUUGGAGCCAACCAAAAAGUGUAAAAACAUACUCAAAAGUCAAAAAUAUCAACUUGAGGUUUCCCAGUACAGUAGAUAAGGACAUUGCUGAAGUUAUUCAGAAUAAGAAUAACAAAUCGGAACUAAAGUAUGAAUUACUAUAUGUAUGUUUUAAAUGACAAUGAUAUUCAGUUUAUUAUGUCCCUUAAUACAAAAUAAAACAAUUCAAUAAAUGAAGGAAGGAAAACUAGGCCCAAAAUUAAAAA